GAGGACAUCCUGCAGCAGAGUCCUCAUCUGAAAUACCUUCUAGUUAUUUUGAGGGUUACCCUCCUGUUAGCUUCUCCAGGCCAUUUUUAGCAGAAUGGAAAGUUUGAGUGAGCUUCAGAACCCACUGCUGGCCAAGAGCAGCAAGCAUCUUCACGGUAGCUACUCCUACCAUCAGCAUCACCCUAGUCAUUGCUGCCAGGGGAAACUUUACAUCUUUCAAAACACUGGCAGUGCCAGGACUCACCAGCUGCUGGAUGCCAGUUCUCUGCAGCUGGCCGUUGAAGCAUUGUAUGGUCCCAACUUCAUCCUGGUGAAGGAUGAGACCAGUCUCAAGGCCAAGGACAACAAAGGGGAGAGCUGUGAGACGACCUUCAUGGAAAACAAAGAGGCCCCCUCUGAGGCUGCAGAUGGGCGAGAAAAACAAGGGCCCUGCCAGAUGGAGAGUGACAUCAGAAUCCAAACAGUGUCCAAUGAGGUGGAGGAGGAGGAAUUCCAGGAGUAUGAGAGUGACUCCUCGAGUGACAGCGAGAGUGAGGAUCAUUUCCUGAUGCUCCCCCCACGAGACCACCUGGGCCUGGCCAUUUUUUCAAUGCUCUGCUGCUUCUGGCCCUUGGGAAUCGCUGCCUUCUACUUCUCCCAUAGGACCAGUAAGGCUGUCUCCAAGGGGGACUUCCACAUGGCAAGUUCGGCCUCCCGGCGGGCCCUCUUCCUUGCUGCGCUCUCCAUCACCAUCGGCACAGGGGUCUAUGUUGGCGUGAUUGUAGCACUGAUUGCUUAUCUAUCCAAGAGUGGCCAUGUAUAGCAGAGACCUUCACGCCAAAGCUCAGCACUCUGCACCCAAAGGCCAAUGCUAGGGGGAUUCACGCUUUUGUAUGGAGCAUAGGACACAACGCAAUGCUUGCAAGGGCCGCUGAGCAGCUCCAUGAGUGGAGGGAUCCAGGCUUGGAUGCGCUGUACAGGGUCUUUCCCUUUUACAUGAACAAUAGACUCCAUUUUCCUUUACACCUUGGACAACUUGCUAACAAUGUCCUGCUAGUAAAGAACUCAGCACCGGCUGAAAGUCCUGGAUUCUGAGGCUGGGAGGAGCAUGUUUCGCUUAAGGAAGAAUGUGGAAGAGAUAUUUUUAGUUCAUCUGCAGGGCCCGGUGCAGCCACUUAUAGUUUUCAAAACAACAUGUUCAUGUUCUAGUCCUGCACUGUGAAUCCCACCACCUCAUGUAUCAGCCCUGGUCUGAUUUUGAGGCACAUGGGGAAGAGAGGGCAGUGGCUCCCAGGCUGAUUGAGAGAGAGAGUGGUCAAGGCUCCUGUUGUGGGGAAAACACUUCAGUUUUAGUGCCAUAAGCUGGCAACUGUCCCUUUAAUUGCCACAAACUAGGAGGACACAGUGCAGCCCUAAAUAAAGAGAGAGCUCUGGGACUCAGUCUGCAAAACCUCAGCUAACAGCUCUGACACCAGGCUUUAUUUACCCUAGUCUCAUUUACCAAUCCCUGGCUCAGCCCUUGGUGAUUCAGACCUAACUCUGGACUCAUAAAUUCAUUCUAAACAAAACAACGAAAGGUCAUUUGGGUUGGUAACUGUGUGUCAUCAUUUCAUGUGUAGAAGCUGGUUGGGAAAAACCUCACAAGUCUUGUGUAUUAUCGUCAUCACAGUAGCACCUAGUGGCCCAACUAUUGUGCUAGGUUCUGUAAAGACACAUGGUAAGAGCUCAGGCUCCGAAGAACGUACAGUCUCAGGAGCCAAAACAGACAAAGGCUGUGUGUGAAACGGAGGCACUGAGAGCUGACAUGAUUUACCCGAGGUCACUGAUGUCAGGGCCAUAGAACCCUAGGCUAGGUACCUCACCUUUAGCUUUAGCAGUGAGCAAUGAAACACUCCAGGUACUGCCAGUUAGGGCAACACCCAGAAGAAAAUAUCCUGUUCUGCCCCCAAUGCGUCUACUUCCAGGUAAAUAACAACCCCCUCAGCCAGAACUGGCCUGAUCCCAUUAAUGCUGGUCACAGACAAAUAAGGAGGUCAACAAAAAAAACUCUUAACUCAGCUUUGUGUAUAACGUCCAGCCAAAAAUACUGUUUGUUACCGGACAAAAGCCACAGAAGGAGAAAAUAUAUGUUCCAGGGUUAGAGACUGAAUGACAAGCGAUGGAGCCGAAACCCCAGGUGGAGGGUGAGAAGAAGUGUCUGUGCAAGGCUCUGUGCUGGACAGGACCCACAUUGGAAAUGCCAAUGCCACUUAGCCCUGCUUACAGCCUAUUGCUUAUGUGUAUAGUGCCAAUAACACGCUAGGUGCUUCACAGACGGAUGUGGAGGCAGGGUCUUUGCCCCAAAGAGCUUACUGUAAAGAGACACUUUCUGCUUCAACCUGAGCUUCUCUCUGUGCCUCAGACGCCACAUCUUAAACCCUCCUCACCUUGGCCAGUCCACCCUGCACUUCUUCCCUUGCCUCCCCACGCCUUACCCUGAUGGGGUGUAGACAGGCUCCCAACUCACCCCUCCUCCCUGGGGUUUCCAUGCACACUAUAGCAUAUUCUGUAAGAAACUCAGCAUGUUCCUUGAUCCGUGUAUUGUUCAUAUGUACAUUUAAUUCUAAAGCAGCAUGUUAAUAUCUGAGAUUUCUAUUGUACUUGAGCCAUAAAAGAAGGAAACACACAA